ACACCAGCUACGCCCCCCUCAGACGUAUCAAAUUGUUAUCAUACACAGAUGUAGCAUAGAUUUUGAUUGAAUUUUAUUCGAUUCUCCGCACUCUGCAGGCGGCUGAAGAAGAAAAUUUGCGGCACUUUGACAGCAGAUUUUAGCAUAAUGAAUGGACAAGUAAAUAGGAGAAUGCAACAUGACUAUGGACAGCACAGUAAUUUCGAUCAUCCACUGCUGUCAAAUUCGACCCUUUCCAAAAUGCAGAAGCAGUUUUGGGUGACAAAGCAAACCGUGUUCAAAAAGCUAGGGAAAAAAGAAGACGAGUGUGUAGUUGCGUCUGACUCGGAUCUGGAUUCAAAGCUCGAGCUAUAUCGUUCCAUACAGCAAACCUGCUACGACCUGCAGAGGAUCAUCGAAAGAUACCAGGAAAAAACUUGCAAUUUAUCGCAAGAGGAAAACGCAAUGGGCCGCUUUCUCAAGGAGGCCGGAAAACAGGACAAGAGCCAGGCCGGAAAAAUGAUGAUUUUGGUGGGCAAGGCCAUGAGCUACACUGGCCAGCAGCGGCUGUCGAUUAGGAUGCCCUUGCUGCGUCUGCACCAGGAGGUAGACACGUUCCGCCGUCGGGCCAUCGAGGACACCAACCAUAACAUUGUAGCAAUGGAGCGGUCGAGAACGGAGUACCGCGCCUCUCUCAACUGGAUGAAGGAGGUUUCGCAGCAGCUCGACCCUGACACUAACCGGCAAAUGGAAAAAUUUCGCAAAGUGCAAACGCAGGUAAGAACGAGCAAGCAGGCCUUCGACAAGCAGAAGAUCGUGUGCCUGCAGAAGGUGGACCUGCUGGCCGCUGCUCGGUGCAACAUGUUCUCGCACGCCCUCAUCACAUACCAGUCGUCCUUGCUGAAGUUUGCUGAAAUGGCGACCAAAGCGUUUUCCAACGUUGCUAAAAAUAUCAAAGAUUACCAGCCCUUUGAAUUCAAUGUAGUGAAGGAGCUGCGAGAUGAUUCAUUGAAGCUCGCAGAUGAUACGGACAGAAUUACUGAGGAAGUUGGGGAAGAGGCUUGUGAGAAAAAAGAUGACGACGAACUAUUUUUGUUUGGUGAUGAUUACAAAGACACAAAACCGACCGCUGAAGGAAAGUUAGAUUUUGGAAAGGUUGCUUCUAAUGACGAUGACGAUGUUCUCCUUGACAUUGGUGGAUCAUCUGAAAAUGACCAAAGUCCGACAACCACAUCCUUGCUGAACGACCUGUUUGCCCCCACAAACUCUGCAUCACUAACCGGCUUUGACGCGGAGUGGCAAGCCGCCUUUGGAAAAGAGCCAGAGGCGAGUCUAGACUCACCUCUGCUCUCUGGGAUCAACUUUGACGAAUACCUUCCCUCCAAAAUGCUUGAGAACUGGCAAAAAGAUGGCAAGCCUGAGGAACUGGUCCCGCUUUGUCCUCAAAAUUCCGGGCCUGAUUCCAGCAAAAAAGACAAGAAACCUGCGCCCAAGAGCAAAUCCGGCACUGAUUUGUCAGCGUGGUUAAACGUGUUCUCCGAGCUCGAUCCGUUGGCAAAUCCAGACAGUAUGGGAGCAAUGCAACUAAGCCGGCCUAGCGGAGACGACUGCUGAAAUUCAUGUAUCCCUUAAUAUCCUUUAACGGUCAGUUUGGUGAUAUAUUGCUGGUGUGAACGGAGAUCUCGACACAAUGAACCAAAUCCAAGUCGCGUUUUACUACUUUAGUCAAAUGACCUGUGUUUAUUUUUACUCUAAGUCAUUCCAAGCACUUGCAUUUUUGUUUGCUAGUCUCAAUAGAAGUCAACAUUUUAUUAUUUUUUGUUACGCACGUUUGAAGACAAACUGAAUCUUUACUUCAGAUAAUCUCGUUUAUAUUUAUUUUUAUUGUUGUAUGUGCCUCUGUGUAAAGUGUUUUCGUCUAUGGUACACCUCCAUAAAUUAAUGGUUCUUAAAUAAAAAAUAUGAUUCAACAUGAAA